AUGGCGCCGCCGCCCGUGUUUCCACUGAUGGCGGCCACCUCCACCUCCCCGCAUUCAGCCGGCGGCGGCGGCACCAUCGGCGACGACCUCCACUGCUUCCUCCGCUACGGCCUCCGCACUCACUCCUCCGUUCUCUGCGCACACGCCUUCCUCCUCCGCCGCGGCCUCCUCCUCGGCCACGCCGUCCCCGCCGGCCUCCUCCUCACCGCCUCCGCCUGCUCCGCCGCCUCGCCGCCGGCUCACAUCCUCCGCCUCCUCCUCCACCACCUACCUCCUCCCCUGCCGGUAUUCUCCCUCGACGCCGCACUCCGCGCCGUAGGCCCUCGCAUCCCCUUCUCCGCCCUCCUCUCCCUCUUCGCGGCCCUCCUCCGCUCCCACCAACCGCUCUUCCCCGACCACUUCUCCUUCCCUCCUCUCCUCUCCGCUGCCGCCUCCGCCGCCUCCCCGCGGCUCCACCUCCGUUCCGCGCUCGCCCUCCACGGGCAGCUCCUCCGCCGCGGCCUCCUCUUCUCGCCGCCGCCCCACGCCGCCAACGCCCUCCUCCACUUCUACGCCACUGCCGGCGGCCUCUCGUUCCGCCUCGCUACAUGUUCGACGAAAUGCCAUUGA